AUGGUGCAGAAUAUAGACCAAGACGCAUCCCAGUCGCACAGGCUGAAUCCAAUCAUGGAGGACAAGGUGUCGCCCGAUUGGAGCUCCAAGAAGGUGUGCGUCGUUGGCGCCGGGAUGUGGGGGCUGGCGGCGGCUCGCGAGCUGCGGCGGGAGGGCCUCGACGUGGCGGUGCUCGAGCAGAGCGGCGGCGUCGGCGGGCAGUGGCUGUACGACGCAGCGACCGACGGCGGCGACCCGCUUGGGCUGGCCGGCGUGCAUAGCAGCAUCUUUGCAUCGCUCCGUCUCAACAGCCCGAGGGAGAUGAUGGGCUUCUCCGACUUCCCGUUCCGCCCCAGCGCCGCCGGCGGCGACGCCCGGCGGUACCCCGUCCACGGCGAGCUGCUCAGGUACGUCAGGGACUUCUGCGACGUGUUCGGCCUCAUGGACGCCGUCAGGCUCAACACGAGGGUCGUGCGCGUCGCCAUGGCGCCACCACGGCGCGACGGCUCGCUGAAGUGGACGGUGACGAGCAAGCGCGACGGCGAAGAAGUGGAGACGGAGGAGGUGUUCGACGCCGUCGUGGUGGCCACCGGGCACUACUCCCAGCCUAGGCUGCCGAGCAUCGAAGGGAUGGACAGGUGGAGGAGGAGGCAGCUGCAUAGCCACUCGUACCGCGUCUCCGACUCCUUCCAUGGCGAGGUCGUCGUCAUCGUCGGCUGCAGCCUGAGCGGUAUGGAAAUCGCCCUGGAGCUCCUGUGCGUCGCCAAGGAGGUGCACCUGAGCGCCAAGUCGACGGAGGAGGACAUGGUGGCGGCGACGUCCAAGAUGCUCUCCAGGCACGGCAACCUUCACCUGCGCCCGCAGGUCGAACACCUGCGCGAGGACGGGCGGGUGGUGUUCGACGACGGCUCGUGCGUCGUCGCGGACACUGUCGUGUACUGCACGGGGUACAAUUACUCAUUCCCGUUCUUGGAGACGGAGGGGAAGGUCACCGUCGACGACAACGGCGUGGGGCCGCUGUACGAGCACGUGUUCCCGCCGUCUCUCGCGCCGUCGCUGUCCUUCGUGGGCAUCCCGUCCAAGGUGAUCCUGCCGCAGUUCGCCGAGGUGCAGGCGAGGUGGGUGGCGCACGUUUUGUCCGGGCGGAGGACGCUACCGUCACCGGAGGAGAUGCUGCGGGCGGUCGAGGAGCACGCCGCAUCCAUGGAGGCCGCCGGCACGCCGAAGCGGCGGACGCACGACCUGCUGUUGGACCUGGAGCAGUGUGACGAGUACGGCGAGCGCACCUGUGGCUUCCCGCGGAUGGAGCAGUGGAAGAAGGAGAUCUUGCGGUCGUCCUUCUCCGGUUUGCUCGACGACAUCGAGACCUACCGCGACGGCUACCGCGAUAGCGACCUCGUCCGCCAUGGCCUGCGCCACGACGGCUGGACGAACGAGAAGGACGUCGGCGAUGACGAAGAACAUGCCUCUCUGCCUGCCUAAACACGACGACGACGACCAAAAUUAUGCAUUUGAACUCCAAUAAAUUUUGCUUAAGAUCGUAUCUCUACUACUUAAAAACGCACUCGUCCAUCCUCCGCUCCCCCUCUCGAUGUGAGCAACCAUCGAACUUCCAAAGAAACCUAAAUAAGCAUCUAGUUAAAAUUCCCCUAAGGAUAUAAUGCCGAUAUAUUCUUAAUUAUUGAGAUAGGUUACAAUGUGCGAGUAUGUUAUUAGUCCAAAUAAAUAUUUUUAUUACUUUUUUCAGUUCUUUUCAAUUAUUAGUUGAGCGCUAGUUUACUGUUACUACAUAUACACAUGAUGUACGGCUACUGCUUGUAUGAAUUGAUGGCAAUUUUUGCUCUACCAAAACAUUUGUAACAUAUGUAAGUCUUAGCGCUAGCAAAUUUGGUAACGUAGAACUUGUACAAGUAUUGGUAAAAUUUGGUAGCAAAUGAAACAUGCAUGUGCCGUACAAUUGAAGUUAGAAUUUUGGCAGGUCUAAAAUGGCUUUAAUCCAAACAAACCAUUAGCUCUGUUUAGGGAGCCUA